CGAGUUGGUGCACCGGGUGAUCAGAUCUCGGAUUUGUCCCGCUUGGCCCAGAGUUUCACUUCUUCUGGUUUAUAUCUACCCUGAGGAUUUCUUUCUUUCUUUUUCUUUCUUUUUUUUUUAAAAACCAUACACAGGAGGAAGACAUCACGCUAAAGAGGUGACAUUUUAAAAAAGCCUGUUUGUCAACUUGUCAUUGUGGUACAAACAUGACGGAGGUGGCGCAGGUUGUGGCUGCAGUCGUCCACGACAUGGAUGAUGUCACUAAUGAAAACGUGCACAGCAUGAGCGAAACUGAAAGUAAGGUAGAUGAUAUGACACAUGAGGAGAAUGAUGUGGCGGUUAAUGAAGAUGAUGACACUGAGGAGAAAAGUGAGAAAGCAUCACACACAGAAGACAAAAAGCCUUGCCACACGAAUGAUGAAGAAAAGAGUGACGAGACUGACAAGCCACAUAUGAACGGUGUGGAGCACAAAGAAAACGACACAGCCAAAGAGAAAAAUGAAAAAUCAGGAGCUGUUAAUGGAGUAUCACAGGACAGAAAGAAGGAGGAGGAGGAUGCACAACCUGACACAAAUGAAGAUCAGAAUAUGUCUGAUUUGGCUCUUAAGAAAGAGAAACUCCUCCGAUCCAGAAAGCCGGUGGCCAGAAGCUACGUGCCCAAGAUGAACAAAGACAAGGGGGAUGUGACAAACAAGUAUGAGGCCAUGCAGAAGGCCAGAGAGGAGCGCAGCAGGCAAAGGAACAAGGAUGAGCAGCAGAAGAGGAAAGACCAAUACGUCAAGGAGAGAGAAUGGAAUCGCAGGAAGCAGCAGAUAAAAGAACUACUUGCUUCCAGUGAUGAGGAGGAAGAGGUGAAGCCAGCAAAGGUUGAAAAAUCCUACGUUCCCAAAAUCACAGGUAGUGUGAAGGGGAAGUUUGCAGAAAUGGAAAAACAAAGACAAGAGGAGGAAAGGAAGAGGAUGGAAGAAGAGAGGAAGAAAAGGGAAGCCCAGGACAAGUUGGAAAAAGCCAAAAUCAAGAAAGAAUUGGCUCAGAAAGCAGCAGAGGAAGGAGAUGACACAAUCCUGGUACGGGUGGUUCCAGCAAAACCAUCACGACCUCCUGGCAGAAUCAAGAUGAACUUUGAGGACAUGGAGAAGAAUCGAGAGGAGGAACUGAAGAAGAAAGCAGAGGAAGAGAAGAAGAGACGGUAUGAUGAAAACAGACGCUCCUUCAGGGAAGCCAAGCGGCGCUCGGUUGUUGAACAGGAUGAAGAGGAGAAGCCCUCUGAGAAGAUGCAGGUGACUCCUGGAAAGCUGAAGAUGACAUUUGAGGAGAUAGAGAAGGAAAGGCAGGAGCAGAGGAAGAAGCAGGCUGAAGAGGAGGCCAAACGCCGUCUGAUAGACGAGAAGAAAGCUUUUGAGGAGGCCAGGCUGGGAAUGGGAGAAGAUGAGGAUGACGCCCAGCAAUCUCAAGAAGACAAGGAGGAGUUCCGACCUGGAAAACUGAGGUUGAGCUUUGAAGAGCUGGAGAGGCAAAGAGUUGAAGAAGAGCGCAAGAAAGCAGAGGAAGAGGCCAAGAGACGGAUGGAGGAGGAGAGAAGAGCCUUUGCUGAAGCCAGGAAGAGCAUGCUUGUAGAUGAGGAUGAUGAGGCGCUGAUGGCCUUGUUGAAUCUGGAGGGAAAUAAGCCUGGGAAAAUAUGCGCCAGUUUUGAGGAGCUGGAGCGCCAGAGAAGAGAAGAGGAGCAGAAGAAAGCCGAGGAGGAGGCCAAGAAGAGAUUGGAAGAGGAGAAGAGGCUUUUUGCUGAGGCCCGCAAGAGCAUGAGCCCUGGCCUGGAUCAGGAAAAGUCUGCAUAUGGAGAUGAAACAGCACCAGAUGAGGAAGAAGGGCUGGUGAAGAGUGACUCUCAGGAAGCACUGCACCCUAGAAAACUGGAGAUCAACUUUGAAGAGCUGCUGAAAGAGAAGGAGGAAGCUGAGAGAAGACGUAAGGCGGAGGAGCGUAAAAAGAAAAUGGAGCAGGAGAAGCAGGAAUUUGAACAACUCAGACAAGAAAUGGGCGAGGACGAAAUAAACGAAAGCUCAGAUGUUGUAAGCAAAGAGUAUGAAGAGCUGACUAAGCUCAAGAGAACCGGCUCCAUCCAGGCCAAAAACCUCAAGUCCAAGUUUGAGAAGAUCAAGCAACUGACUGAUGAGGAAAUUCAGAAAAAGAUUGAGAUGGAGAGAGCACGGAGGAAGGCCGUUGAUGAUGAAAUUAAAGAGAGAGAAGCUGAGAGGUUCCAGGAGGAGGAUGAGGAAGGAGAAUCAACUCCGAUGAGGGCCGAGGAGUCUCCAUUCAAACAGAAGGUGGACAUGCGAGCCCGAUUUGAGCAAAUGGCCAAAGCCAGAGAGGAGGAGGAGAGGAGGAGGAUAGAAGAGCAGAAGCUGCAGAGGAUGCAGUUUGAGCAGCAAGAGAUUGAUGCUGCCCUCCAAAAAAAAAAGGAGGAUGAUGGGGAGGAAGAGGGUAGCAUCAUCAAUGGCUCUGCGGCCUAUGAAGAUGAGGAGGAUCACGCCAGGUCGGGGGCUCCAUGGUUUAAAAAGCCCCUUAAGAAUCAAUCAGUGGUGGACUCAGAGCCAGUUCGGUUCACCGUUAAGAUCACCGGGGAGCCGAAGCCGGAGGUGACCUGGUGGUUUGAGGGAGAGAUGCUCCAGGACUGUGAGGACUAUCAGUAUAUAGAGAGAGGAGAGACAUACUGCCUGUACCUGCCAGAGACCUUCCCAGAGGACGAGGGAGAGUACAUGUGCAAGGCUGUGAACAGCAGAGGCACAGCAGCCAGCACCUGCAUCCUCACAAUAGAAACUUAUGACUACUGAUUGAAGCCCUUCCACAUUCUGGAAACUUUCCCUGUUGUCUCUCACUCCUUUUGUAAAAUUUUGUCCCUCAUGGUAUGGUAUGGUCAAACAGCAGAGGGAAGAAAAUUGCAGUAUGCUUGGCAUUCCUUAGGGAGGGAUACACACGCACGCACACACACACACACACACACACACACACAAACCCACACACACAAAAGAAAAAAAAAAAAGCAAGAUGUUGUUUACGUAUUGCUCAAUUGUAAAAAGCUGCACUCCCUGUUAGAGUAGGAUGAUAACUGUGCCAAAAACAGACAUGAUUCUUGUUCCUAUGCCAAGGAUUGCAAAAAUUUCAAAACUAUCUUCACUGAGAGGCCCUUCAAUGAUAGUUGUGAUACCAGCCAUUUUUAAGUAUCAUAGUACUGUAUUGUAAAUAUCACACCUUAUGGUCCAUACAUGGCAAACUUGAUGCUUGAGACACUGGAAUGUAAAAAAAAAUGCAAUGCCCUUGUCUGCUGAUUAUAAAGAACAAUGUGCGGAAAUAUCAGUAAAACAUCUUACAUGCUUGCUUGGGUAUUCUACUACUGCUCAACAACUUCAUCAGUAUCAAUCAGCAUGUAGUUUUCUGUACCCUUCUCUAUAUUAGUCAAUGGUAUUGUGAUACUUGCCUGGUAUUAUAUUGUGGGGUAACAUGUUAGUCAUCUCUGUGGGGUUUGUUUACAAUGAUAUGACAUUGUAAUGGUAGCAGCAUAAUGGAGGAACAAAACAAUUUGAACUUAUGUACAUCCGAAUUUUCAAUGAAAUUCUUUAGGUCCAUAUAAAGUGUUUUUUAAUUGCAGCAUAUAAACAAUUUUAAUAUGUUGAUUUUUCAUGCACCAAUCCCCCUUUUGUCUUUUUGAGUUAAAUGUAAUACUCUUGAUACAGUCAUCAUAAUUCAGUUGUGCUGGACAGUAGGUAACCGUUUUAUGGUUUGAUAAUGAAAAACAUAGGCUAGCCUGAAUAUUUGUGACAUAUUAUAAAUGAAAAUGUUUUAAUAAAACAAACAA